CUUUUAUGAGAUUUUAGGAUGAUACAAUUUAUAGAAUUUUGUAAUAUUGACAGUAUAACCUCGAAUUUCAAUCUGUCAGCGAGCGAAUGGAGCAAUUUUAGAUUUAUGUUGCCAUUUUAUGAUUUACAUGUCCCCAAAAAUCAAUUCUGCUUACCUCUUCACACUUGAGUUUAUCGAAUUAAAAGUAGUAUGAAAACUGCAAGACUAUUAAUUAGGCGUAUACGUAGUUAAGUCGAAUAUGAUUUGAAGCUCUAAAAUACAUAUAAUUUAUAAUGAGGGCACGGAAAUAUGGUAAAAAUAAUGAAAAAAAAAACGUUAUUUAAUAUUGCGUUCGGUGGCUGAGACAAAUGUCACACCAUUUUUGACAAAUUUUGAGACCAAAAUAGAAAAUUAUUUAAUUCAAUAUUUUCAAGAAUUUAAUUUAAACUUACAUACCAACAAUUUGGCGAAAGUUGUAUUGUGCUGUUUACACAUAAAAGAACAAAAAAAUAUUGCUUAUGGUUUUAGUGUUGUAGGAGUGAGCUAAUGAUUUACGAUUUUUGCCGUAAAAUCAUUCGAUCGAGAAUACCAUCACAUACUUGCUAGAGGUGAGUUCAAGGCAUUUCUAAUAUUAUAUCGACGUUUUUGGAAUGCUUUCGCAAACAAGACAGAACUGUCAUAUCAUAUGACAUAUCUUGGGCCUGCAAAGUUGUUGGUAAAUAAAAUAUCCAAACUGCAAUUUGCCGAGACAGUACAAUUAUAGUAAAACUAGCGAUUGUAGAGAUUUGAAGUUGAACGCAAACUAUCUUUUUCUGGAUGUUCACAACUUGUUAAAAGUAAAUUUCUCGUUCGGAUAAGAGCAAUUGCAAUGGAAACAGCAGAAAGUUUAGAAAAAGACCAAGACGAGCAAGAAGAUGUAGCUAGUACAUUAUCACACGAUGAAUUAUUGGAGAUCACACAAUCUUCUCUUGCAACAUUGAUGAGUACAGAUGAAUUACUGAAAGAUCUACCGAAUGAUAUAAUUAUUGAAGAAAUUUUAUCACAGAUUGCUGUUGAACAUGGCCAGUCAAUAACAAUUUUUAUUUCAAGGGAAACUGAACCCACUUUAAAAGUUAUUGUUCCUCAAAAUGCAACAGUAAAAAGUUUAAAGAAAGCCAUACAAAGACACUUUGAAAUAUACAUGAAAAGAUCAGGAAUAAAAACUAAAAUAUCAUGGAGGUAUAUUUGGAAGACUUACAUCUUAAAUUAUGACAGCCUCCUUUUAGACAAUGACAAUGCUUUAAUACAAGACUAUGGAGUAACAAACAAAGUAACACUGUCAUUCAAGAAAAAAAGAUGCCAGAAAGUAUAGUUUGUAAAAG